UUUUUGAUGAUAUUCUAAUUAUAUGACCAGCACCUGUAUGUUGAUAUUAAUGAUGUUAACAGCAGAGGUCCCCCAUGUUAGCUCCUCAUUUAUUUUGGCCCAGCUAAUGAACUUGCAAAACUUGAGGGGUACAGCAUAACAACCUUCAUGGUAUUUCUGAUAAAGCUAACCAUGCAACUGUUUACUUCACCAGGGUUUCCUUUGCCUAUUGCCUUUUCUGUUUUUUGCUGUGCUUUCUUCUAAUUAUUCCUCUAUUUUUGCCGUAGUUGUAGUUGUGUAUUUUACCCAGCUCACACUAGGGACUAGCCACUGCAGAGACCUCACUAAGAGCCUAUAAAUGCUACCAUCCAAUUGGAGUCUAUCCAGCCAGAUCAACGCAACAGUUUGGCUGAUAAAAAGCAUCAUGCCUAAUUGGUUUCAUCACAUCCAGAAGUGCUGGCCUAUCCCUGUCACCCCUACAGGUGAAAGCUACACGUGCCAAACCUGGCAUCGCUGUCACACUCGUAGACUCGCGCACAGCUCUGUCCAACCAAGGCUUAAAACUUCCAUCUCCUUAGCGGCCUUACAACUGGGCAGCAUAACCUCCUAAAAGUGCAGCAGUAGACAGAGUUCACUGGUGGAUCAGCAACACCGAGAGUUGUGCCAAUCUGAGGGAAGAGGGACAAGGGGUUACCAGGGCAUGAAAGCAGGGGUGGGAUACAAAGACAAGGUCAUACUGGGAGCUGCUAAGGGAUUUGGUGUGUUUUGGAUAGGUGGGGGUUUUAAGAAAGUUUUUUUAUCACCUCACUCUGUAGCUAGAGCAAAAAGAACUGGCUGGGCAGAUGGUAGCCUGAUCUACCCUGUGCAUCAUAGAGAAAGGAAUGCUGAAGGAGGCUCAUUGUGUGGCCAGGAGGGGGAGAUGUUUUCUGAGAAGGUUUCAGUUACCUUAAGGGGGCUUGACAUUGUUGAGUAAAGGAAAGAAAAUGAGGGCAAGGCAACUGUUUGGUAUUGGAUGCAUCAAGGGGGUUUGGGUGAAAAUUAAGAUAUUGGAUGACCCAGCAGGGUCUAGUCCAGGGCCUUUUCCACCUUCCAGGGUCAGGCCUGAUGGACCUACUGACAAGCAACUACAGUGUUAGUGCGUCCAACUAUGCUUGAGUCCUUUCCCACGGAAAUGGUUCGAUGACUCCAAAGGUCCUUGUUGUACCCGAUGACAUUAUGUUAAUUCGGUCAGCCUGAUUUGGAUCUGCCAGGUUUGGUUGGCAGGUGGUUGAUAGAGCUGACAGUUUGCGAUUACAUUUUAUCAGACACUUGACUCCAAUACCCAGACAGUGGAGUUAACGCUUAUCGCCAAGCUCAUAACCAUCUCUUGUUUUUGGUGGGACUGAAACUGGUUGUAAAGAUGCUGGAUUGUCUCAAUUUGGCUGACCUUUUCCACAACCACAACAUUUCUGUCAACAUGAAAAAGAAUGAGGGACAAAUAUAAAGACAAGACACUGAAUGAUAAACCCUAUUAGUAAUCUCAUUACAACCGUAGAGGGAGACGAUUGUGAAAAGAUAAAGAUUGCUGUCUCCUCCUUGUCCUUACUCACUCUUUCUUUUUUCUGUAUCUGGUCAUUUCAGCACAAGAUGAUUCAAUUGUCCAACAGUCAGCCUGGGACCACAUUGCGCUCUUUGUCAAAUUCUCUGUUUCUGUUGUGCACUAGUUUAGUUAAGAGUACGGGCUGCAUUUGCACAACAAAGCAACAAGGUGUAAAGGAACCCUCCACUGGGAUUGGAUCUGGGGUCUGCGUCCGUCCAGUCGGCUUUCACACAUCCUGCCCUCCUACAGUAUCUAGUUACGUCCACUGUCCUCCUAGAAACAAUGCUGAGUCUGACUCAGAUCUCACUCCCAUCUCCUUCCCAGACCCAAUCACCGUGGAUACACCAAUGAUUCCCCCCCUUGUCGUUAUCUUGCCACCACAUCUAUGGAAAUGAGCCCUAUUUGGAGACCAACUCAGGGUUGAGUGAGCUGUUGCAAAUGAGGCUGUCCUUAAUUGGUGCAGGGAGCCCAGUAAGACAGGAGGGGGAGCACUGAUUUACUCACACACGCACAUACUUAAGAGUGUCCAAGUUGAUUAAUGUUAAUGCGGUAACCCAAGCUCUUCUCCCUCUUUUCAGUCAAAUAAAGCAAUGUUUUUCUGCUGUGUUUCCUUUUGUAAAUAAAUGCCCCUAGGGUGGGCCAUAGAGCCCCUGAAGAGAUGCAUUGGACUGUGCACUAGCUAUGGAGAGGGCUGCUAUCUAGGGAAUUGGGGUUCAGUCCAAAGGCCUGACAUUUUCUUCAGAAAUCCUCUUUGUGCUUACAGCUCUAGUUUCAAUAUUUCCCUUUAGUUACUUACCAAACGCCACCCUUCACUGGUCCACAGCUCUAACCCCUUCUCUUAUCCACUCUCUCUUUACCAUUCUGCUCUUGUUCUUCGUUUUUCCCUCUUUUGAAAGUCUCAACCCCUCUCUCCAUCUCCACCCCUCUCUUUCCCUCUCCUAUCCUCCCCCUUCCCCAAAAACUGAUAUCAGAUUAACUUUAACACUAUCCCUGGUGCAAAAGGUAGCGCCUGCCUCUGAUGCGUCUCCCUCCAGUAGAGCCAUACAGGGAACACACACACUCACUCCUCCUCUGUCCUCUCGUUCUGGGAUCACUUUCUCCAGACUUUUGCUCUUUGAAAUCAAGCGUACCCUGAGGCACGGAUUGGGCCGUGUUUGCCAUUCUUGUCCUAGGCGGUCGUCCGGUGGAAUUGGAUCAACACAGAGCUCUGUGUGAGUGGAGGAUUUAGGAGGGUUUUUCUGGGCAGUCUCCCCCUCCCUUUUCUGCAUCCAAGAGCAGAGCCCCUCCGCUCUUGAGACUGCGUUGAUGGUACCCACUUGGAUGUGACUUAGAGGCUGAUGCACAGGUGACGUGCUGAACUUCCGUCCUAUGAAGGCAGGUGUUUAGGAUGGUCAGAACAGGCACUUUAGUCUCUCUUCUCCAGCUCUUCAGCACCCUUGCUCCCAGAGGAGCUUUUUCUCAGGAUACCCUCUACCCCUUUGGACCAGCUCACAGGGAUUUAGAAACCCCUAAGAUGGAUGAUGGCAGUUCUCCAGAGGUUCCACUACUAAUUCCGUUCAUAUUCUUCAAUGUGCCCUAUAGGUCCCUUUAUGUCAACAAUAAUGGAGUGAUCUCCUUCAACGUUCAGGUGAGUCAAUUCACUCCAGAGGCUUUUCCCCUCAGUGACAGCCGUUCCUUCAUUGCCCCUUUAUGGGCUGACGUGCAUAAUGGUAUCCGUGGGGAUGUGUACUACCGUGAGACAACAGACCCAGAGACCCUGGAGAGGGCCACUCAGGAUGUCAGAAAGUAUUUCAAGAAUAUGGUGUCCUUCACUGCCAACUGGGUCUUCAUUUCUACCUGGAAUCAGGUCACCUUUUAUGGAGGCAGCCAGACAACGCCGGUAAAUACAUUUCAGGCAGUUUUGAUCUCUGAUGGACAAGCUUAUUUUGCUAUGUUUAACUAUGGAGAGAUCAGCUGGAGCACAGGCACAGCUAGUGGAGGAGACCCUCUUACGGGCCUGGGAGGAACCACAGCACAGGCAGGUUUUAAUGGUGGAGAUGUCAGCCAUUUCUUAAACCUUCCCGGAUCACGCUCGAAUGAAGUGGUCAACAUUGAACGGACCACUAAUGUUAACGUGCCAGGACGGUGGUUCUUCCGCAUUGAUGCUGACCAGAUAGACCCAGCAAAUGGCUGCGGCUACAGUGGGCGGUUUUACCGGCGUGGGGAGGUUUUCUGGUUACCAGACAAAUGCACUCAACGAUGCAGGUGUCUUGAUCUGGAUAAUGAAGUCAUCUGCCAAGAAACUCCAUGUGGUCAGUUAGAAACCUGUGAACAGGUGGAAGGGGCUUACUACUGCCAGCCUACCCGUACCAGCACCUGUGUGGUGUUUGGAGACCCCCACUACCACACUUUCGAUGGAUUUCUUUAUCAUUUCCAGGGCACUUGCUCAUACCUGUUGGCUCGUCCAUGCUGGGAAAUGCCUGGUUUGCCCUUCUUCAGUGUGGAGGCCAAGAAUGAGAACCGUGGUGUGACCACUGUGUCCUGGCUACGGGAUGUGACAGUAGAGGUGUACAACCACCGUGUCACACUACCCAAAGGGACUCUGGGAACUGUGCAGGUGGAUGGCUUGAUAAAGACUCUCCCUGUUCAACUUCAACUAGGCGCUGUCAAGGUAUACCAAUCUGGCGUUGCUGUCGCUUUGGAAACAGACUUUGGUCUUUUGGUGACCUAUGACGGAUUGCACUACGCCUCCAUCUCCCUCCCCAGCUCUUAUUUCAACAACACUUGUGGUCUAUGUGGUAACUACAACGAUGACCCCGCAGAUGACCCCGUGUUGCCAGAUGGCUCUUUGGCAGAGAGUGUAGUGGAACUGGGUGGUAGCUGGCGAGCUGAGGACACAGAUUUUCGUUGUACAGAUGGCUGUGCCCAGAACUGUAGCAUGUGUGAACCGGCAGCCGAAGCGUUUUACUUUCGCUCAGACUACUGUGGGCUGAUCAAUAAGACUGAUGGGCCUUUCAGAGACUGCAGAGCUGUGGUAGACCCCACAGCAUUUGUGUACAGCUGUGUUUAUGAUAUGUGCAGCAAUCGUGAUAACAUCACCACCCUGUGUCAGGCUAUACAGGCAUAUGCACUUGCAUGCCAGGCCUUGGGAGUCACUAUACGACCCUGGAGAUCACGCUCGUUCUGUGCAUUGACAUGCCCUGAAAACAGCCACUACCAAGUCUGCACGAGUGCAUGUCCUGCCUCCUGCUCCGACCUGACAUCUCACCUCUACUGUACCCAUCCAUGCACUGAGGGCUGCCAGUGUGUCCAGGGCUAUGUGCUGAGUGGCAGCCGUUGCGUCCGUCGCUCUGAGUGUGGAUGUGAACGUGAUGGUCUGUACUAUGCCCUAAAUGAGACCUUCUGGGCAGGGGAAGGGGGUGAGGUGGGUGAAGAAUGCUCCCAGCGAUGUGUGUGUGGCCCAUCAGGUGAAGUAACAUGCUUCAAUGACUCUUGUGGUGAAGGCGAGGUGUGUGUAGCAGAAGAUGGGUUGUUGGGAUGUUACCCUCGUCGUGAAGCAGUAUGUUCGCUGUCUCAGACUCAAAUACUGGCUACGUUUGAUGGGUCAACAAUGCUGUUCCCUGAUGAGAGCUCAUUCUACCUGGUGAAGACUUUGGGACGCUUGCCUGCAAAUGUUACAUCAGUGGAGGUGAAGAUUGGCAGGAAGCUGGUGAAUAAGGGCCCUACAUGGCUACGGCCAGUAGUCGUUAGGGUGGGACAUUUGGAAGCACAGAUAGGUGGCUCGGAUUUUGACUUGAUAAAGGUCAACGGUGAACCAGCGAUUCUUCCUUAUGUCCAUCCAGUGGAGUCUUUAAUGAUAUACCGGUCCUCUGGUAAUACCACGGUGAUUGAGUGGAGUGGUUUAGUCCGCACCCGAUACUCACGUCAGGGCCUGCUAAACAUCACUCUCUCCACCCUCUUUUACAACACCACCUGUGGUCUUUGUGGUUUCUUCAACGGAGAUCCAAUUGAUGACCUCCGUCUACCUAAUGGAAGGCAGGCCGAUACACCCGAACAGUUUAUUGAAGGCUGGAGAGCCAUUGCGGAUGAUCUGACAUGCAAUGGCGACUGUGAAGACUUGUAUCGUAUGUGUACAGAUUUAAGGCUGUACCAGAGCCCGUGGCUGUGUGGAAACAUCAAUGACCCAGGAAACAGCUCGUUCCUGGCUUGCCACAUAGCUGUUAAUCCCUCUCCUUUCUUCAGGAACUGCCUCUACAACAUGUGUGUGAAGGAAGGAAACCGUUCUGCCCUGUGUAACUCCCUCCAGGCAUAUGCUUCAGCUUGUCAGGAUGCGCAGAUCAACUUGGGAGCCUGGAGGAGUGCUACCAACUGCCCUCUUCCCUGCCCAGAAAACAGUCAUUUCGAUGAGUGUACAUCUGCAUGCCCUCUCACUUGCUCUAACUUGGAUGAUCCUGAGGAGCCAUGCCCUCUACCCUGCUCAGAGGGCUGCCAGUGUGAAGAGGGAUUUGUCCUCCGUGAUGGCAUCUGUGUGGCACGUAGCGACUGUGGCUGCUUCUACCUGGGCCGCCAGCUAGCCACCAAUGAGACAUUCUGGACAGACUGGGAGUGCCAGGAGCGCUGCUACUGCAACGGCACAGACAACAGUGUCUACUGCACCUUCUCACCCUGUCACCCAGAGGAGUACUGCCAGGAGAAUGAAGAGCUGUUUUUCUGUCAGCCAAGGACAGUGGCCAUGUGUGUUGUUGCUGGUUAUGGACACGUUUUGCCAUUUGGAGGUGUACCAUUUGACAUCCAGAGCAGCUGUACUCUUCGUCUGGCCACUACUGAGUGUGGAGAGGGGGACCAGGAAGGCUUUGGGGGACUAGACAGUGCAGAGACCGUUCUGGGAGGACUGCCCAGGUUCCAGUUUUCAGCUCGGAAUGAAGAGAGAGACACAGGCCAGGCUAUAUGGGUGCGGGGAUUUGUUCUGGAGGUCUAUGGAUAUGAAAUUGAGGUGUCACGAAGUUUCAAACACACAGUCAUGGUGAAUAAAGAGCGCCUGUAUCUGCCUAUAAAACUUGGUCCAGGGAAAGUUAACAUCUACACCUUUGGUCUGCAGUUACUUGUGGAGACAGACUUUGGUCUGAAGGUGGCUUUUGAUUGGAAUACUUUACUGCUUCUGACUCUUCCUCGCAGUCUCUUUAAUGCCACCUGUGGGCUCUGCCAAGGAAUGCCCAUUACUGGUCCCGCACUAAGUGUCACAGAGUGGGGCAUGGCAUGGGCAGAACGUGACACCUUCUGCCAAGUGGGUUGUGGGGACUCUUGCCCUCGCUGUGGAUUGGCUGAGAGGGGCCUAGCUGCUGAGGUCCCCGCCCAAGUAACAGAUGCUGUUGGUAACACUGACAUGGAUAACGGUAACCCAGGAAACCGUUUCCACCUUGCUGAAGGGUUGUAUGUGUAUGUCGAACCUGAGGCAGUGGGAUUAUGUGGACUCAUUAUAGACCGCGGAGGUGUGUUUGCACGCUGUCACAGCAAAGUGGCACCAGCAUACUUCUACCAGAGCUGUCUGCAGGAUACAUGUGUAGAUCAAAGUGCGAGAGAGACCAUCUGUAAUUGGCUACAGAUUUAUGCCAGUACCUGUCAGACACAAGGAGUGUCUGUCAUUGGCUGGAGAAGUUCCACACCUUGUGUGCUGUCGUGCCCCGUGAACAGCUACUAUUCCAGCUGUAUGAUGCUGUGCCAGCCGCAAUGUGCCCCUGCACGUGGACAGAGAGACUGUAACCAGUACUGUGUUGAGGGGUGCCAGUGUGAUCAAGGCUAUGUGCUCAACGGCAAGAGCUGUAUCCUCAGUCAGAACUGUGGAUGCUACACGGAUGGUAAAUACUAUGAACCUAAGCAGUUGUUCUGGAACAGUGACUGCACUAAACGCUGUCAGUGUAUUGGACGGAAUCUGAUUCAGUGCGACCCACGGCGAUGCAAAGCAGAGGAGGAAUGCGUCCUACGUCAUGGUGUGCGAGGAUGCUUUGCCCGACGUAAUCAACACUGUGUGGCAUCAGGCGGUGGCGUCUUCCGUACUUUUGAUGGUGCCUUUCUGCGUUUACCUGCCUCAUGCUCCUUUGUUCUUUCAACGAUCUGUCAUAAGCUGCCUGAGUUAUCUUUUCAACUCAUUGCCAAUUUUGACAAGUGGAGUACACCCAACCUAACCACCAUCUCCCAUGCUUACCUCUACAUCAACGAGGAGAACAUUCUCAUCUCCGGAAACACAGUUAAGGUAAAUGGUACGCCCGUGUCCGUACCUUUUGUCACUGGUCUAAUGACACGUGUGUCCACAUCAGAGGGAUUCCUGGUGAUCGACACUCCCCAGGACAUCCAGGUGCGUUAUAAUCGAUUCAACACCCUCAGCAUUACAAUGGGCCCACGGCUGCAGAACAAGGUGUGUGGACUGUGUGGGAACUUCAAUGGCGACCCCACUGAUGAUUACAUCACCUCUCGUGGAAAACCUGCCGUCAGUGCACUGGAGCUGGCUCAGAGCUGGAAAACCAACGGCAUGCAGAACAGUUGUGAUGAGACGCAGUAUGUGGCCCUGGCUCAGUCCUGUGAUAAUACAGCAGUAUCAGAGCUCCAGGGAGAAGACAACUGUCUGAAGCUCACAGAUUUGAAAGGUUUCUUCCAGCCCUGCCACGGCCUGCUGGACCCUCACCCCUUCUACCAGUCUUGUUACAUGGACGGCUGCUACAACCACCGCAAGGCCCAGGUGUGCGGCUCAAUGGCAGCCUACGCUGAGGCCUGCCGCUCUUUCGGCACACUUACCACCAAGUGGAUCGCCCAGGAGAACUGCUCAGAAUGGAUCUAUGACCCCUGUGCAGGAGAGAUUUGCUCGAACAACACAUGUGAGCAGGAGAAUGGAGGAGAUCUGUGUGGCUGCCCUGAGCUACCCAGCACUGAAAUUAGUGAGGAUGACAUAAUCCAGGCAGAGGUGACCUGUAAACACGCUCAGAUGGAGGUUUCUAUCUCUAAGUGCCGUCUGUUCCAGUUGGGCUUUGAGAGGGAAGACGUACGAAUUAACGACCAGCACUGUGCUGGUAUCGAGGGAGAGGAUUUCAUCUCCUUCCAUAUCAACAAUACUAAGGGACAUUGUGGCUCUAUUGUACAGUCAAAUGGAACCCAUAUUAUGUACAAGAACACGGUGUGGAUCGAGAGUGUGAACAACACAGGGAAUGUAGUGACACGUGAUAAGACCAUCAACGUGGAGUUUUCCUGUGCUUAUGAGCUGGACAUCAAGAUCUCGCUGGAGACAGUAUUGAAGCCAAUGCUCAGUGUAAUAAACCUCACACUGCCGACCCAAGAGGGCAACUUCAUCACAAAAAUGGCCCUGUAUAAGAACGCCUCAUACCGGAAUCCAUACCGCGAGGGAGAAGUGGUGCUGAGCACCAGGGACAUUCUGUUUGUGGGGGUGUUUGUAGAAGGAGCAGAUGAUAAACAGCUUAUUCUCAUUGUUAACAUGUGCUGGGCUACACCAUCUCGUUUCAGCAGCGAUCGCCUUCGUUACAUUAUCAUAGAGAGAGGGUGUCCUAACAUCAAGGAUAACACUAUAGGCAUGGCUGAGAAUGGCGUGUCCCUCACCUGCCGCUUCCACGUCACUGUCUUUAAGUUCAUUGGUGAUUACGAUGAGGUGCAUUUGCACUGCGACGUCUCUCUGUGUGACUCAGAGACCAACGCUUGCAAAGUGAAUUGCCCUCAUAACAAACGAAGUUAUAUGGAUUACAGUCAGCAUAAAGAACAGAUCCUGUCAGUGGGACCAAUCAGAAGAAGAGAUUUAGACUGGUGUGAAGAGGGUAAUGGUGGCUGUGAGCAGAUCUGCACUAGUCAAGUAACAGGCGCUGUGUGUAGCUGUGUGACAGGAAUGCUGCAAAGAGAUGGGAAGAGCUGCCGAGUCACCAGUAUGAGUACUGACCUUCAACCCCUGCUUCUUCUGGCAGCUGUUGUUGUAAGCGUCAACAUCUUUCUGCAAACACACACCUCAGUUUUUUUCUCUUAACACACACCAAGCAAGGUCAAGGGAGACAGAGGCGUAUACAGACAAAAGGGAGGAGAAAAGAAAAGCAAAAAGGAGCCAGUGAGGGGAUAUGCAUGUGAUGCAUCAGCAGUCCUGCAGUGAGGACCACCUCUGAGCAGUUCCCUUCAUCGAAGUGAAAACUGUGAUCAAAUGCAACCAAGUGAUCCUUCACCAGCUGGAUAUCUCAGACAUAAACAACGUGCCUCAGUCCAAUAUAAUAACCUGACACCCUUCAGACCCUGAAAAAUCCCAGAUCUUUUCUUUGGCACAACAUCUAAAUGCCAGAAAAAAAUCAAACUUUCACUUUGAAACGUAGUAUUAGAAAGACAUCUACUGAAUAUUUCACAGCCACUAAUUACAGAUUAGCAAGCGUUACUUAUUAGAUGAUGAAUUCUCGUGAAAAAUCACUGAAACGUGAAAGCACGUGUUGCAAGAAUGGAUGAUAAUUCGCAACACCAGUAAUGUUGUAAUGUUUUUGAUUUAGUUGAUUUGAUGAAAUGAAUACCCUCUACUGCUCUAAUUCUCAAUAUGCCAUUUUGUUUCUUAUUUAAACUCCUUUUUUGCCAUACUGAAGUAUUGCUGAGAUCAAAAUGCCAAUCAGCAUUUGUAUUGCUUUGUAUUCCUGCAAAUGCAAAUGAGUGCAUAGUGUUUGGUACCAACACACAAAUGUUCUUGAGUAGUCAACUUUUCAAGCAUCACUUAUUUAAGCUGUAUAUAGCAGGCUAUGUUUGAUGGAUGUGAACACUUUUGUCCUGUACUAUAAAUACUCAAUGUACUGUAUGAAUCACUGACAUAAAGUGAAUUGUUAGAGUCAUCAACUCCAUUUGCAAUUUAAUCUGGCAAUAUCACUCAUACUUCAUGGUGAUGAUGAUAUUAAUGGAAGAUUCAAGGACUGUUUCUAAUCACUUUGCUCAUGACACCACAGAACUGAAUUAUUCUGCAUUUCCUGUAGGUUUGGGACUGCCAUAAACCAUUGUUAACGUAUGUAGUCAGCUGUUUGGUGACCAAACCCUUGAUGUCCAUAAUUACUGUAACAAUGUUUUCUUAUUCUAGGGUUUUUUUGUUUUGUUUCGUAUCUUAUAUGAUUUAUUUGAGAAUAAAGUGAGCAAUUCACAUUGA